ACCCUCAUCCGCCUGCUCAAGAUGAUCAUCAUUCCUCUGGUGGUCUGCAGUCUGGUGUCAGGAGCUGCCAGCCUUGACCCCAAAGCCCUGGGCAAGCUGGGCGGCUGGGCGAUGCUCUUCUUUCUGGUGACCACUCUGAUCGCGUCUGCCAUCGGCGUUAUUAUGGCGUUCAUCAUACAGCCUGGCUCCAGCGACGGGAAAAAAUUAUCCCAACUCACCCAGGAUGACAGCAACGUUCCCGAAGCCAAAGAAGUCAUCGAUUCGUUUUUAGACUUGAUAAGAAAUAUUUUCCCAUCUAACCUGGUAUCAGCUGCCUUUCAGUCGUAUGCCACUAGUUACAAGUUUGUAAAGAAUGACACCAACUCGACCAACUUCUCUUUGGAAAAGGUUCCAGUUGGCACAGAUGUGGAUGGCAUGAACAUCCUGGGUCUCAUCGUUUUUGCUAUGGCAUUUGGUGUGGCCUUGAGGAAACUUGGGGAGGAAGGAGAGAUCCUUAUCAAGUUCUUCAACUCUUUCAAUGAGGCCACCAUGGUGUUGGUCUCCUGGAUCAUGUGGUAUGCACCACUGGGUAUUAUGUUCCUGGUUGCUGCUAAGAUUGUGGAAAUGGAGGAUGUUGGCUUGCUGUUCGCCAGCCUGGGGAAGUACAUCGCCUGCUGCGUCAUUGGCCAUGCCAUCCACGGUCUUCUUGUCCUCCCAUUCAUUUACUUUGUGAUUACAAGGAAGAACCCAUACACUUUCUUGCUGGGAUUGGUCACCGCUUUGGCUACUGCCUUUGGAACGUCCUCUAGCUCUGCCACAUUGCCCCUUAUGAUGAAAUGUGUGGAGGAGAACAACGGUGUGUCCAAGCACAUCAGCCGCUUCAUCCUGCCCAUCGGAGCGACCGUCAACAUGGACGGAGCCGCCUGCUUCCAGUGUGUAGCUGCGGUGUUCAUCGCUCAGCUUAACGGGAUCCCGCUGGACUUCGUCCAGGUCAUCACCAUCCUUGUGACUGCGACGGCGUCUAGCGUGGGAGCUGCUGGGAUCCCUGCUGGAGGGGUGCUGACGCUGGCCAUCAUUUUGGAGUCAGUAGGUCUUCCCACCAACGAUCUGUCCCUCAUUUUGGCUGUGGACUGGCUUGUCGAUCGUACUUGCACCGUCAUCAAUGUUGAAGGCGACGCCUACGGAGCAGGUCUUCUGCAGUAUUUCGUGGAUCGCACUUCCAGUAAAGAGGGGGCGGAGCUAAAUAAGGUGCGAGUGGAUGAAGAAAACCCCGCCUCCAGGCCAGAAAUUUCUCCGCUCAUCGAAAAACAGGGAAGCCUUGAAUUGGAAGAGGUGGCUGGACCUAAACCCUGUGAAAAGGAGUCCGUCAUGUAGACUUGCACACUAUUUUAACAAACUUUCCUUUUGACCUGUCUGAUCUCAAUAAAUCAAUCUCUGCAUCUACGCAGUGACCAUGGGAGAGAUACAGGUUUAGAUUAAGACAGGAGAAAGAAUACAUCCUUUUGACCCUCCUCUAUGCCCUGCUCGUUAUGAAAGGAGUCUGCCAAAACUUAUGCACAUUUAGAUGGAAAAAUACUUGAACAAUUAUUUAUUAGAUGCUGGUCAGACAUUUUGGAUUUUUUCUUUAUAGUCUUUUUUUUUUUAUGUUUGCUUUACUUCUUUUUAAGAAAAACUCAGUCCGGCCUUUUAAAAUAAUCUAUAUAAUUAUGAUCAGGGCCGUCCUUAGGGUUGUGCAACUGGUACGGUUGCACCGUGCCCCGCGGCGAAUGGACCGAGGGGUCCCAUCACCACCCAUACCCCCCCUAACCCCCCGCGAUCUCGAAUGGACUGAAGGGACACCAAACCCCCCACCCCGGAACGCGAUCACGACCGAGGGGGGUCCCGCGUCCGCUAAGGACGGCCCUGAUUAUGAUCACACAUGCCCUAAUAGUUCUGAUUAUAUGCUAUUGAGUUAAAACUCAGAUUUCUCUUAACACCUUUAUAAAACAUCUCCUAAUAAGCCAAAGCAUCCGCAGAAUCUCUCUGCAUCUUUCAAACACACCAAAUAAAUUUUUUAGGUGGCUUUAUGGUCCGUUAUGCUGAAAUACCUCAUUCAUGCCGAUUCCCUUUAUGCCACCUCUGGCUCCUCAGAUGCAGGUCCAUCUAACAGGUGUUAAUACCUUCACUAAACUCCUGCUACUAGAGGAGCCAAAAGAAUGGUGUAAGAAGCCUAACUGACAUCUUACAUUCUGCGUCUUUAUCUUUAUGCAGUCACCAUUAUAUUUCACGGCGGGCUCUUCGGGGUCAAUUUGCACCCUAAGGUCAGACAGGAAUGUAAGCAUAAUAAUAUAUGGGUGACAUGCAAAGUAAGCCUUGUCUUAAAGCUCCAAGGCUGUUUUGGGUCAGAACCUUGAAGUCUGCAGGUAAAUGAAGUUCCCUAUGUGCUGGUUGAUACGCAAGUGAGGUCAAGAGGUGUAAACCGAUCCGUUUCAGAAGAAAGCCAUAGAUUAGAGCGUGAAUUCAGACUGGAACUAAGGUUUUAUAUUUUGUAUUUAAGUUAGAAUAAGGCUAAGCAGCUUCCUUGUGUAGGAACAUGUUAGAUGUGUUGAAAUGUUUGGGUUUCUCUCAAUUUCCUUUUUUUCUUCCUUUUUUGUUUUUGUUUAAAUGUACUUUUUGUUGGCUUAAAUUGUGUACAAAAAAUGCCCUUUUAUGUAAAAUAUGCAGAAAUGAAGUAUUCAAUUUUGUUUGCUUUUUAAAAGCGUACUUCUGAGAUCUUGUUGAUUUUUUUUUUUUCCUAUGUAUGUUAUUGCAGAAGAGCACAAAUAUAAAAUGCCUGGCGUUUUGUGAAGGUAGAUAACUUUGAGGAGAAAUCAGGCAAAAUAUUCUGUUAAGACCAUUUACUGGUGAAUGUUUGUUAACUGUGAGUAGUAGUUGUACUGGAUUACUAACUCAGUUUAUAUAUAUAUAUAUAUAUUUUAUUUUUUAUUUUUUAUUUUUAUUUUUUUCUAAAUGUAUAACCUAAACACCAGCUGAAGGAAAGUAUCAGAUGACAGGGUGAGAGACAUUUGCCAUUGUACUGUAUGUUGACAAUGUUUGUCACCGAAGGAAGUCGACAUAAUAGCCCAUUUUUGUAGAAAUUGGUUUGACUCUCAGUUGAUCAAUAAGAGGUUAAAUCCGACCAAAGAAACAUUUCUCAUUUUUUAUAUUAAUUUAGCAAUAUAUAUACUUUAAAUAGGGGGGUUGGUGCUUGUAAUCUGCAUUAUUAACAGUCUAUCAUUUCUGUUCUGUUCUGUUAGUGCUCGAGAUGUAUUUCAAAUCACAGAUGUAUUUUUUUUUUUCAAAUCUCACAAAUGUUCUGACAUCACUCCUUUAAAAGCCAGUACUGUAAAGGCUUCUCAUUCCAGGUGGCUGUAGUGUAGCUGCUCUGCUGAUGCAACUAUGUGUCUGUGUGUGAGUUUAAUGGGUGGUUGUGUCAUAAAGGGCUGCUUGAUGAUAUCAGUGGAGCCAAAGAGUACUGUUAAGAGAACCAGUGAAUGUACUCCACACCGACUGCAGAAUAAAGUAUUUUUUUAACUAAA